CUCUUCCACCAUUGAUUUACUGAUGCUCAUAGACUCAUAAUCUUACUUAUUUUCGAUUUAUCAUGUUCUUGCUAAUUAAAUCUGCAGACUUCCUUAGUGUUGGCAAAGGGGGAGUUAUUCUUCACAGCCCAAUUCAAAAGGAAGAGAAUUGGGUUUAUGCGAAAUAUUCAGGCAGUGGCGGCGGUGAGAGCACUCUGUUUCGUUUCCAGAAUGAUGCUGCAGAGAACGCUCGCGCUGAAGCCGAAACACAAGUUGAAGUCGACCGAAACAGAACAAUUUUCUUCUUGGAGAAUGACCUUCAUCCUGGCAGGGUAAUGAAUUACCGCUUAGCUGGAAGUGGAAAUUCUAGUACCACACCUUUCCUGUCCCGAAAAACUGCAGAGUCGAUCCCCUUCAGUUCAAGCCAACCGCCAAAAAUUCUGGAUAAAUUAUCAGUGAAACCGGGGUCUGAUGAAGCUGACUUGAUUAAGGUAACCAUUCAAAAUUGUGAAAGUCAAGGCGCGAGUGACGAAGCAAAACAAUGUGCCACCUCGUUAGUGUCAAUGAUCGACUAUGCCACCUCCACGCUGGGAUCAAGAAAUGUUCUUGCAAUCGCAACGGAGGUGGAACAAGGAGCUGCCCCCAUGCAGAAGUGCACAAUAACCGCAGAUGGAGCGAAGAGGCUGGCAGCCAGCAACAUCAUGGUGUGUCAUAAGAUGAACUAUUCGUAUGCCGUCUUCUACUGCCAUUCAAUUGAAAAAACGACGACUUAUGUGGUGCCUCUGCAAGGAGCUGACGGGUCGAAAGCCAAAGCAGUAGCAGCCUGCCAUCAAGACACAUCUCAAUGGUAACCAAAUCAUUCUGCCUUCAAAGAGAACAACGUUGAGCGAGGAACCGUUCCCAUCUGCUAUUUUCUUGAAGCCGAGGAUGUUGCUUAGGUUACAAACCAAAAACCAACUUGAUCUAGUUGAAUUUGUUCGACCUGAUCGAUCACUAGCCUAUAUGUAAGAAUAUAUAUCCUCCGGUAAUAAAUGGAAUUACAUAAGACCUGAUAAAUUAGUUGUGUUUAUGUGUGCGACUACUGACUGUCAUAGCACAUCUUACUCAUUAGAAACGCAA